CCUCCCCCUCCCGGCCCCCUCCCUUCCUCUCGCCGUCUCACAGUCGCUCCGCAGCCUCCGGCGACCGGGGGGAUGUGAGGCCGGCGCCCCAGCCCCCCGCCCCGCCAUGAGCCCCCCGCUCUGAGGGCCCCGGCCCCUGGAUGCACAACCCCGGCUCUGAUGGGACCCAGGUGAGCCCGGGUGCCCACGGCCCCAGCCUCCCUGGCACAGGCUGCCCCCGGCCACGCACAGACACGCCAGGCCCUCAGCCCCAGCCCAUGGACCUGCGGGUGGGGCAGCGGCCCCUGGUGGAGCCCCCGCCGGAGCCCCCGCUGCUGGCCCUGCAGCACACCCAGCGCCUGCCCCACCACCUCUUCCUGGGGGCCGUGCAGCCUCAGCGCUCGGUGGAGCCCAUGAGGCUCUCAAUGGACACGAUGCCCGAGUUGCAGGUGGGGCAGCAGGAGCAAGAGCUGCGGCAGCUUCUCAACAAGGACAAGAGCAAGCGGAGUGCCGUAGCCAGCAGCGUGGUCAAGCAGAAGCUGGCAGAGGUGAUCCUGAAGAAGCAGCAGGCAGCCUUAGAGAAAACAGUUCAUCCCAACAGCCCCAGCGUCCCCUACAGAACUCUCGAGCCCUUGGAGACGGAAGGAGCUGCCCGUUCCAUGCUCAGCAGCUUCCUGCCUCCCGUUCCCAGCCUGCCCAGCGACCCCCCAGAACACUUUCCUCUGCGUAAGACAGUCUCUGAGCCCAACCUGAAGCUGCGCUACAAGCCCAAGAAGUCCCUGGAGCGGAGGAAGAACCCCUUGCUCCGGAAGGAGAGCGCCCCGCCGAGCCUCCGGCGGCGGCCAGCAGAGACCCUCGGCGACUCCUCCCCCAGCAGCAGCAGCACGCCGGCAUCAGGGUGCAGCUCCCCCAAUGACAGCGAGCAUGGCCCCAACCCAGUCCUGGGCUCCGAGGCGCUCUUGGGCCAGCGGCUGCGGCUGCAGGAGACCUCUCUGGCCCCGUUCGCCUUGCUGCCCACAAUCACGCUGGGGCUGCCCGCCCCUGCCAGGGCUGAUGGUGACCGCAGGACCCAUCCGACUUUGGGCCCCCGGGGACCGGUCCUGGGGAGCCCCCAUGCUCCCCUCUUUCUGCCCCACGGCCUGGAGCCCGAGGCCGGGGGCCCCCUGCCCUCCCGCCUGCAGCCCAUUCUCCUCCUGGAUCCCUCAGUCUCUCACGCCCCCCUGCUGACUGUGCCCGGGCUUGGGCCCCUGCCCUUCCACUUUGCCCAGUCCUUAAUGACCAGCGAGCGGCUCUCCGGGUCAGGCCUCCACCGGCCCCUGAGCCGGACCCGCUCAGAGCCCCUGCCCCCAAGCGCACCGCUGGGUGCCUUGCAGCCCCGCCUGGAGCGGCUCAAACCUCAUGUCCAGCUGAUCAAGAGGCCAGCCAAGCCGAGUGAGAAGCCCCGACUGCGGCAGAUACCCUCAGCCGAGGACCUGGAGACGGACGCUGGGGGACUGGGGCCAGUGGGGGAGGAUGGCCUGGAACACAGGGAGCCCAGCCACGGGCAGCAUGAGGCCAGGGGCCCUGUUCCUCUGCAGCAGCACCAGCAGGUGUUCCUCUGGGAGCAGCAGCGACUGGCCGGGCGACUGCCCCGGGGAGGCGCUGGGGACCCCGUGCUGCUUCCCCUGGCCCAGGGUGGUCACCGGCCCCUGUCCAGGGCUCAGUCGUCCCCAGCCGCACCCGCCUCACUGCCAACCCCGGAGCCUCCCAGCCAGGCCCGUGUCCUGCCCAGCUCAGAGACCCCCACCAGGACCCUGCCCUUCACCACAGGGCUGGUUUAUGACUCGGUAAUGCUGAAGCACCAGUGCUCCUGUGGGGACAACAGCAGGCAUCCGGAGCACGCAGGCCGCAUCCAAAGCAUCUGGUCCCGGCUGCUGGAGCGGGGGCUCCGGAGCCAGUGUGAGUCUCUCCGGGGCCGGAAGGCCUCCCUGGAGGAGCUGCAGUCUGUGCACUCCGAGCGCCACGUGCUCCUCUAUGGCACCAACCCGCUCAGCCGCCUCAAACUGGACAAUGGGAAGCUGGCAGGGCUCCUGGCACAGCGGAUGUUUGUGAUGCUGCCCUGUGGUGGGGUUGGGGUGGACACCGACACCAUCUGGAAUGAGCUGCACUCCUCCAACGCGGCCCGCUGGGCGGCAGGCAGCGUCACCGACCUCGCCUUCAAAGUGGCCUCCCGGGAGCUCAAGAACGGUUUUGCUGUGGUUCGGCCCCCAGGACACCACGCAGACCAUUCCACAGCCAUGGGCUUCUGCUUCUUCAACUCGGUGGCCAUCGCCUGCCGGCAGCUGCAACAACAAGGCAAGGCCGGCAAGAUCCUCAUUGUGGACUGGGACGUUCACCACGGCAAUGGCACCCAGCAGACCUUCUACCAGGACCCCAGUGUGCUCUACAUCUCCCUUCAUCGCCAUGACGACGGCAACUUCUUCCCGGGCAGCGGGGCUGUGGAUGAGGUGGGAGCUGGCAGCGGUGAGGGCUUCAAUGUCAAUGUGGCCUGGGCUGGAGGUCUGGACCCCCCAAUGGGGGAUCCUGAAUACCUGGCUGCCUUCAGGACGGUCGUGAUGCCCAUCGCCCGAGAGUUCUCUCCGGACCUGGUCCUCGUGUCCGCGGGCUUUGAUGCUGCCGAGGGCCACCCGCCCCCGCUGGGUGGCUACCAUGUGUCCGCCAAAUGUUUUGGCUACAUGACGCAGCAGCUGAUGAGCUUGGCGGGAGGUGCGGUGGUGCUGGCCUUGGAGGGCGGCCAUGACCUCACAGCCAUCUGUGACGCCUCCGAGGCCUGUGUGGCUGCUCUUCUAGGCAACAAGGUGGAUCCCCUCUCAGAAGAAGGCUGGAAACAGAAACCCAACCUCAACGCCAUCCGCUCCCUGGAAGCUGUGAUCCGGGUGCACAGUGAAUACUGGGGCUGCAUGCAGCACCUGGCCUCCUGUCCAGACUCCUGGGUACCCAGGGUGCCAGGGGCCGACGCAGAGGAAGUGGAGGCAGUGACUGCACUGGCAUCCCUCUCCGUGGGCAUCCUGGCUGAAGAGCGGACCUCAGUGCAGCUGGUGGAGGAGGAAGAACCCAUGAAUCUCUAAGGCUUCAGAACGGAUCUGCCGCCAGCCUCGCCCUGCCCUGCCCUUCGGACCUGGUUCUCCUCUAGCCUCUGGCAAGAGUUCCCGCUCCCCGCUCCCGGGGUCUUCAGAGAUCCUUCGGGCAGGUAGUCGGGGCCAGAGAACGGCCCCUUGACGGUCACCCCAAGGAGCCUGAGAAGGCCCCUGGGUCUAGGAGAGGGACCAAAGAGGACCCUACGAGGAGGCAGGCUGGGGACCAGCCGGGCCCCAGUAGGGCCCUCCCCAAAGCAGAGCCUACCCUCUGGGGGUCCAGGCCCCGGGCUGGGCCCCAUUCCUCAGGACUGCGCAGAGGAGGACUGGCCCAGCCGGGCCCCCCAUAACCACUAUUCUCGGCUCUAUAGACCCCGGACUUUGCACACAGCCCCAGGCUCCACACAGAAAUGUGAACUUGGCCUCAGCCAGAGUGGCCCUUCCUGGGCUCUGGGGGGAGGCGGGUUGGGGGCGGGAGCCGGGGAGUCCCCCCUCUCACCUGCUUCCUCAGAUGACUCUGGAAGCUUCCUCCCCACCGCUGGGCAGAGAGACAAAGUUCCUUCCGAGAGCAGCCACGGGUGGGCCCCCCAUCUGGUCCCUGCCCCGACCAGAGGCCACCCAUGUCAACCAUCUCAGCCCCCUGGUAGAGCAGACAGGCGCUCUCGGAGUUCUGCGCUUCCUGAUCCAAUGGUGCCAAGCCCUUCAUCUCCCCUCAGAAGCACCCAGGGCUCCUCACUCACCGCCCCCCUCCACAAGCCUGCCUUCUGGCGUCUCCCCCACCCCGGCUGCCUCCUGCCCUACAUAGGACUAGCUUGGCUGAGGGGAAAGGGGGUGGGAGAAUGGAUGGGUGGCGCAGGGGAGGGGAUGCUGCCCUGGCACCGUCUUCAAGGCUUCUGGGGUCCAGGCCUGGGGCCAAGAAGGAAAGUAUUUGUGUGUGAGAGAGAGUGAGAGAGUGUGUGUGUGUGUGUGUGUGCACGUGCGUGUGUCUUCCCCAGGACCACCAUACCCUGUGUAUGUAUGCAUGUUUUUGUAAAAAAGAAAAAAAAGAAAAGAAAAAAAUCUGAACAAUAAAUGUUUUAUUUG